CACUCUCACGUUGCUUUCUCGAUGCAUCUCACUGAUGCAUGUCAUUACUGCUGCGUUAUGCUUUAUUUAAAUUUCACCUUCUAUUGUGAGUGAGGUGAAACGUGAGGCGAGAUUGUGGAAAGGAGCAGUGUCUGCUUGGCUGUGGUGACGGCUUGUCGACCUAAGAAGCUGUUGUCCUUAACGGCUAUUAAAAUUCAUAAGUUAAUAAAAUCAUUUUAUUCUUUUUUUUUUGUGAGUGUCGUCACACGAUGUCGAUCAAAUUGUCGGUCGCGGUUUUGCUAGUAGCGGUCGCUGUGACGCAGUGUGCAAACAUUUUAGAUUAUUUCAACUUUGAAAAUGCCAAGGAUCUGAUCGAGGUGCCGAAGCAGCGCGAGCAGAAUGACAGAACCUGCGCGUGCAAGGGCCCUGCCUGCGUUUGCUGCGUGAACUUCAACAUCACUUUCGUGGAUUUGGGCGGCCCAGGAUGCGUUCACAUGAAGUACAUUUCACCGGAGGAAGGGUUUUCAGUCAACGUUUCAUAUGGAAAAAAUCUCCUACACAGCGCGAAGAUACAAGGUACCAACCCAGCCCCAAUCUGCUUAGAGGUCUUCGGAAGGUUUGCCCAAGUCUGUGCCAAGUUCAGUGAUAUGGCCCCCACAGCUGACGGCCUAAGAGGCUGCCUAGACUUGGAGCCUAGAAUCUUGGGUGAUAAGCAGUUGGAAUUCCCAAUCGGCUGCUUCAGAUCUAAGUCUGGGGGCAUGGAAAUGGAAGACCCGCCAGCUGAAGAAACUGAGACUACGACUGAAGGCGAAGACACCGAAAACUCGGACAGUGAAGACAGCCAAGGAUUCAACGCAGAAUCCUUCCUCCUUGAGAUAUACCAGACAGCAGAACAAGGUGUGGCCUUCCUAUCAAGUCUCCUAGACCUCCCUAACAAACUGAAUUCUACAAAACCCGCUACAGAAGCCACUACAGCAAAAACUGAUGAUGACACCACCCCAUCACCAACCUCUCAGAGGAGAGCACCAAAGUACAUAAAACACCCCAACCAAUUGUGAUAAAUUAAUCCUAAUUCUUAUAUAAGUACAAAUCACUAUCUCUUAGACGUAAUUUAGCUUGCCACUGUAUGUGAGAGUGCUUUAAAUGCUACGCAUAAUGAUCCUAUUUAUUGCUUUAAGUUAUGUAACAAUGUUUAAGUAUUUGAGGUAAUAAAUGACGAAAGAAAG